AGUAAGAAGCACACUAUGUUCAUGAACGAUCAUGCACAAAAUGUCAUUUUUGUCAUCGUCACGUAUGGAAUGGUACUAAACAGUAAUGGAAGCGAAAAAUUUCCAAUUUGGAAAAAAGGCAAAGAUCCUUUGACAACAACCACGACAACACACAGCACAUUGGGCCCUACAGAUGGAACCACCCUAAAUUAUUCAGUAUGCUCCCAAAAUCCUGUUAAGGGCGACUGUAGGGCCCACCUAGAACGUUGGUACUACAAUACCACUUCCGGUAACUGCUCCGUGUUUUACUACGGUGGCUGUAGGGGCAACGAGAACCGCUUUCGGACCUGCGAGCAGUGCAUGAAGAAUUGCGAGCUUCAAAAUGAAAGCGCAACUGCAUCAAAUAUAACAGAAGUCUGUAGGGAGCUUGAAGAAGCGGCUGAAGAAAAUGACUCAUGGGAAGUCUCAUUUGCGGAUGACGCAAAUAAAAGUGUGCACCACGAUGACACGACUCCAGAAGAGAAGAAAUAAGCAAUGACUGGCCACCAAACAACCAAUAUGGUGUGUAUCAGAACUUACAUGCGUUGUGGAAGUCGGGGAGCCAGGAACGAUAUUUUUAUAAAAAAAUAAACAUUUCUGAAUCUUAAAAUAAA